UGAUCUAGUUCCGGUUCUCUUCACUUGGAGCGAAUCAGUGAACCGAACUGCAGUGCCGACGAGCGGCAGUUCACACACAACAUUUGAAACAGCAGUAGCAGAACCCCGCAGCCCAGCCAACCAUGUCCGGAAUCAUGCGUGUGCCAUCGAUUUUGGCCAAAAAUGCAGUUGCCUCCGUGCAACGUGCCGCCGCCAUCGGUGUGCAGCGCAGCUACCACAUCACACACGGCCGCCAGCAGUCGUCGGCGGCGAAUCCGGACAAGAUUUCCAAGCAGUACCCGGUGGUGGACCACGCCUACGAUGCGAUCGUCGUGGGAGCAGGAGGAGCCGGCUUGCGGGCGGCCUUCGGCCUGGUGGCCGAGGGAUUCCGCACGGCGGUGAUCACCAAGUUGUUCCCCACCCGCUCGCACACGAUCGCCGCCCAGGGCGGUAUCAAUGCGGCGCUGGGCAACAUGGAGGAGGACGACUGGAAGUGGCACAUGUACGACACGGUCAAGGGCUCCGAUUGGCUGGGCGACCAGGACGCCAUCCACUACAUGACGCGCGAGGCGCCCAAGGCGGUGAUCGAGCUGGAGAACUACGGCAUGCCCUUCUCGCGCACCCAGGACGGAAAGAUCUACCAGCGGGCCUUCGGCGGGCAGAGUCUGAAGUUCGGCAAGGGCGGUCAGGCCCAUCGCUGCUGUGCCGUGGCGGAUCGUACUGGUCACUCGCUGCUGCACACGCUCUAUGGCCAGUCCCUGAGCUACGACUGCAACUACUUUGUGGAGUACUUCGCCCUGGAUCUGAUCUUCGAGGAGGGCGAGUGCCGCGGCGUGCUGGCCCUGAACUUGGAGGAUGGUACUCUGCACCGCUUCCGCGCCCAGAACACGGUCAUCGCCACCGGCGGCUAUGGACGCGCCUUCUUCUCCUGCACCUCGGCGCACACGUGCACCGGUGACGGCACCGCCAUGGUGGCCCGCCAGGGUCUGCCCUCCCAGGAUCUGGAGUUCGUGCAGUUCCACCCCACCGGAAUCUACGGCGCCGGCUGCCUGAUCACCGAGGGAUGCCGCGGUGAGGGUGGCUAUCUGAUCAACGGCAAUGGCGAGCGCUUCAUGGAGCGCUACGCUCCGGUGGCCAAGGAUCUGGCCUCCCGCGACGUCGUCUCGCGCUCGAUGACCAUCGAGAUCAUGGAGGGCCGUGGCGCUGGACCUGACAAGGAUCACGUCUACCUGCAGCUGCACCAUCUGCCGCCCAAGCAGCUGGCCGAACGUCUGCCCGGCAUCUCCGAAACGGCCAUGAUCUUCGCCGGCGUGGACGUGACCCGCGAGCCCAUCCCCGUGCUGCCCACGGUGCACUACAACAUGGGCGGUGUGCCGACCAACUAUCGCGGCCAGGUGAUCACCAUCGACAAGGACGGCAAGGAUGUGAUUGUGCCGGGUCUGUAUGCCGCCGGUGAGGCUGCUUCCAGCUCGGUGCACGGUGCCAACCGUCUGGGUGCCAACUCCUUGCUGGAUCUGGUGGUCUUUGGACGUGCCUGCGCCAAGACCAUCGCCGAGCUGAACAAGCCAGGUGCCCCGGCACCCACCCUAAAGGAAAACGCCGGCGAGGCUUCGGUGGCUAAUCUCGACAAGCUGCGCCACGCCAACGGACAGAUCACCACCGCCGAUCUGCGCCUGAAGAUGCAAAAGACCAUGCAGCACCAUGCUGCCGUGUUCCGUGAUGGCCCCAUCCUGCAGGAUGGCGUGAACAAGAUGAAGGAGAUCUACAAGCAAUUCAAGGACGUCAAGGUCGUGGACAGGUCGCUCAUCUGGAACUCCGAUCUGGUUGAGACCCUGGAGCUGCAGAACCUGCUGGCCAAUGCCCAGAUGACCAUUGUGGGAGCUGAGGCGCGCAAAGAAUCCCGCGGUGCCCAUGCCCGCGAGGACUUCAAGGUCCGCGAGGAUGAAUAUGAUUUCAGCAAACCCCUCGAGGGUCAACAGAAGAAGCCCAUGGAGGAGCAUUGGCGCAAGCACACGCUCUCGUGGGUCUGCAAUGACAACGGAGACAUAACGCUGGACUACAGAAACGUGAUCGAUUCCACGCUGGACGGCGAAGUCUCCACUGUGCCACCGGCUAUCCGCUCCUAUUAAGUCUAGAUUUGGAGUUGCAGGACACCCGCAUACAUA